AUUAAUCAUGUGACCAUCUUCACGAGGAGCAUAUCAUACACUACUAAUUAUGCAACUAGUUAUGUAACUCUUUAAAGAAAGAUUUUAGUUGCGAAAUGGCAGAGGGGCAAGUGUACAUGCGAACCUCUGUGUGGAACUCAUUUUGCUUGAGAAAGAACAUUUCGUGGACCACUUACGUUCUAAUCUGUCUAUUUGGUUUGGGUUCUUGGGUUGCUGUCAAUGGUUUGUGGGUUGAAUUGCCUGUACUUGUGAAACAUGCCCCAGAACAGUGGAGCCUUCCUUCUUAUCUUGCAGUUAUCAUUCAAUUGGCGAACAUUGGCCCCGUUAUUUACACACUGGGGAACCGCUUCGCCCCUCGCAUCGUUCACGAAAAAUCGACGAUUCUUUUAAUUGUGACGAUUGGGUGUUUAGCUUGCACGUUACUAGCACUUUACUGGAGCGAAACAAGCACUAUUGGCGGUGAACAACACAGCACAGUUCUUUUUACCUUGUCCUUCUUGCUGGCCUUAGUCGAUUGUACUUCUUCUUUGGUAUUUCUCACGUUCAUGGCUACUUUCCCAUCCACCUACAUGAGUGCCCUGUUUGUUGGUGAAACCUCCAGUGGUUUGCUACCUUCAUUUGUAGCUUUGGCUCAAGGCAUUCAAAAUGGAGGUACAAACAGCAGCAAAAACAUUACCAAUAACAAGAACCAUUUAAUAAGCCAAUUAAGAUUUCCGCCAGAGGGAUUUUUCUUCUUUUUGUUCGCAAUCAUGUUUGUAUGUGGGAUGGCCUUUUUGGCUCUGAAUUAUUUACCAGUGGCUAAAAGACAACAUGUCAUACCAAAUCUAGCAAAAAUACCAAGAAACAGCAACAGUUCCACACAGCCACUUUUUGAUGAUACUACAAGAAGCUUAUAUCAGUCUACAUCAACAUGUGAUAGUUCUCCCCAAGAUUCUUAUUUGAAUGAUCAGUCAGUCAACAGUGGUACAUUCUCCUGGUGUGAAUUUGAUAUAUUACUUCUGCUCUGUAUUCAAACUUGGAUAAACUGCCUCUCCAAUGGCGUGCUACCUUCGAUACAGGCAUACGCGAGUGUGCCAUACGGUGAUAUAACAUAUCAUCUAGUGGCCACACUAUCAAAUAUAGCAAGUGCAUUGACUUGUUUUGUCGCCUUAUGGUUUCCGUCAACAUCUGCCAAACUAGUUGCAGUGCUAGCAAGCGUGUACACAGUUUUCAGCACCUACAUCAUCAUCCUUGCAUCCAUGAGUCCAACACCACCUAUGCACGGAAAAAACAUUGGGAGCUUUGUAGUGAUUGCUGUCAGCAUUAUCAGUGGCAUUCUGAUUAGCUAUACUAAGUUGACCAUCUCGACAAUCAUGCGUGACCGUGGUAAACAGGCAUUAUUUUGGUGUGGCAUUUGUAUACAGACAGGGUCGUGUAUCGGUGCUCUUCUAAUGUUCCCUCUUGUAAAUAUCCUCAAGCUUUUCCACCAGUGAAAGAGCUGUGAGCCAGUGAAACUCAAAACUCCAUUUAGUAAAUCACCAUGUCAAAUAAACAACAAAUUGCUUUGAACAUAAUUUGUUAAUUUCAAGCUCUUGAGUCUCAAAAGAAGGGAAAAUUCUCAGUUCUUACCCCUGUGUUUAGUUGGCAAUUUUGACUCUGGUAGGAACAGCUGUGAUUCAGAUGCUUAACUUUUUCCUGUUCUUAACUAAAUAUGAGUUAUUGUAACCUAUUCAAACAAAAUUUAGGGAGCAUUUUCUGUAUAUUAAUGUUGGCUGUUUUACAAAGAGGGAAUUGUAAGGAUGGUGUUUCAAUAAUUCAAUUCAAUCAUAAAUUGUAUGAUGGGAGGCAUUUGGCCUAAUGGUCAGUGCACUGGACCCCAGGUCAAGAGGCCUGGGUUCUAGAACCAGAGCCUGUUUCUUGAAUGUCCCGGUAUCUUAAUGAGCCCGUAAAGCGGUUCUGUUUUCAUUCAAGAUGGGGGUUUCAAAAGUUUUGAAAAUGAUGCAAAUAAAACUAUCAGCUAAAGAAACAAAAAGGACCAGUCUUGGUGCCAGAACCUGCUUUCCUAUCCUUUAGAUUUAGAUUUUCAAACAUGGCUUUGGGCAUGCAAAGUUACCAUGACUUUUAAAAAACAGACCCCAGUCAGCUCAGUGUGUUGCAUUCUUGAGAUUAUAAGAGUGAACUUUUAGGACUUGUAUUUGUUUUUUUAAAGAAGAAGGCAUUGUAAUUUGUGUCUAAUAAAAGAUGAGUUUCAUUGA